CUUUCUACCUUUUGCUCUCUCUAUCUCUUUUGCUUCUCAAAAUAAAUUUUAACAAAAAAUGGAGAAAGAAAAACUAGAAACACAAGCAUGGAGCAUGUUGCUGAGGCAACCUGAGACACCACAAGACCCUAUGGAGUUCUUGUCUCGUUCAUGGAGUGCCUCUGCUCUUGAAGUGUGUAAGGUUCUUUCCCCAGCUCAACUUCCAGCACCACCUUCUUCUUAUAAGGCCAACAACAACAAUGGUGGUUGUUCUAAUAAUAAUAAUAAUAAUCAUAAUUCUAUGCCUAUACUUGAGGACAUUGCUGGUGAAGCUGCUGAAGAAUCUGCCAUUGUUUCUGGCAACCCUUUUUCUUUUGCUUCCUCUGAGACCUCUCAGAUGAUCAUGGACCGAAUCAUGUCACAGUCGUUUGGUCAGCAGGAGGUGUCUCCAAGAACCUCAGGGAGGCUAUCUCACAGCAGUGGCCCUCUCAAUGGCUCCCUCACAGAUAGCCCUCCAGUUUCCCCAACUGAAAUUGAUGAUUUCAAGUGUAGCCGCUCCAACAACAACAGCCAUAAUAGCAACAACAACAUCACCAGCCUGAGUAGUCAAUACAGGGCUUCCGCCACCGGUGGCGCCACCGUGGCAGCAGGUGGUGGUGGUGGUGGCAAGACGGUAGGAAGGUGGCUUAAGGACAGGAAGGAGAAGAAGAAGGAGGAAACAAGGGCCCACAAUGCUCAGCUGCAUGCAGCGGUUUCGGUUGCUGGUGUUGCCGCCGCUGUUGCAGCCAUUGCCGCCGCCACAGCUGCCUCCUCUGGGUCCGGCAAGGACGAGCAGAUGGCCAAGACAGACAUGGCAGUGGCGUCUGCCGCAACGCUUGUUGCGGCUCAGUGUGUUGAGGCCGCAGAGGCUAUGGGGGCUGAGCGUGAUCACUUGGCCUCGGUGGUUAGCUCCGCCGUGAACGUAAGGUCCGCCGGCGACAUCACGACCCUGACGGCUGCCGCGGCAACAGCUUUACGUGGGGCUGCCACGUUGAAGGCAAGGGCGCUGAAGGAGGUUUGGAACAUCGCUGCUGUAAUUCCUGUGGAAAAGAAUGCCCCUGCUGGUGGUGGUGGCGCCGGCGGAGGUAGUAAUGGAAGCUCUAAUAGUAGCUUCAGCGGUGAGCUUGUUCCUGAAGAGAACUUCUUAGGCAUCUGCAGCAGAGAAUUGCUGGCAAGAGGUUGUGAACUCCUAAAGCGCACGCGCACAGGCGAACUUCACUGGAAAAUUGUGUCUGUUUACAUUAACAGGAUGAACCAGGUUAUCCUCAAGAUGAAGAGCAGACAUGUUGCUGGGACCAUCACAAAAAAGAAAAAGAAUGUGGUGCUUGGAGUGAUCAAGGAUAUGCCUGCUUGGCCGGGCCGCCACUUGUUGGAAGGGGGCGAGAACCGCCGCUACUUUGGGCUGAAGACAGUGAUGCGUGGCGUUGUUGAAUUUGAGUGCAGAAACCAAAGAGAAUAUGAUGUUUGGACUCAGGGUGUGUCAAGGCUUCUCUCCGUUGCUGCAGAAAGGAAUGGUAGAAACAGAAUAUGUACUUCUGUUGGAUUGUGAGGGAUAAUAAACAGAUUUUUUUGGCACUUGGGAAUGGUAAAAUCUUAUUGAUGCAUGGUAUUAUUGGCGGGCUCUAGAUCAAUUUGUAAAAAAGGGUGUAAAUUUCUAGUUUAUGUCAGAUGGGGUUUAGGUUUAGUUUGAUAUUGGGAUAACAUACAUUAGUACUUUGAUGUAUUUAUUUAAUUUUUUUUAAAUUAGGAAAGCAUUGCUAUUUAAGCCAAAGUAUGUGAAGACCAUGUGAAACCUUGUGUUUCUUUCACUGAGAUGGAAAGAAAAGUAGUCAAAAGAAGAAAAAGGAGUCACAUUUGGAUUUGGGUGAAGGUGUAAUAUUGAAGAUCGAUAAAGACAUAACAUUAUUCUAUUGUGCUUUGUUUAUUAUACCAUACAUGUUGGUUUGGGAUUUCUUUUUCUUUGUUUUCUAGGAUUGGAUCCCGAGACAUUGUUUUAAGGUUGAUGAUGAUGAUGAUCUUGAGCCA